ACGCAGCCGUACGGAAAGCGCACGUGUUUUAUCGUGAAGUGUUGGGUUUUCGUAACUUGCGAAGGUUUUGAGUGUGUGUUGUGAAGUGUUUGUGUUUGUAUGCAAAAUCUCGAGAUAACCUAUUACCGUAACGAGGAAUUCCUUGCAAGAAAAUAUGAAGUAACGACGAAUGAACAUUAAAAAGAUACCUUAUGCUACGAAGGAAGAACAUUCACCAGGAAUGCAUCGACACAAAGAAAUGACCAACAUAGCAAAAUGGCUGACAAAUGUUGGGAAAAAUGGCUGAGGAUAUCCCUUAUAUCGCUCACCAUCUCCAUGACUGUCACUGACUUUACGACAGAAUGCCAGCGCCCUUGUGACUGUCGGUGGCAAUCAGGCAAUAAGGCCGCUAUCUGCUCAAACUCAAGCCUUAAAGUCGUGCCCGCCAACCUGAGUAGCGAUAUCCAAAUAUUAGAUCUCUCCAAUAAUAAUCUUCUCCAGUUACACCAAGAAGCAUUCAAACGAGUAGGCCUAAGUAAUCUAAAAAAACUCUUCUUAAGAGACUGUAGCUUAGAAUCUAUACAUAAAUCAGCAUUCGCCACAUUAGCAAUUAUGAUAGAGUUAGAUAUAUCUAAAAAUAAAAUACGAUACCUUCAUCCAGACACGUUCCGGAGCACCGAGAAACUAAGAUUGAUAAACUUAAACAAUAAUUUAAUAGACAAAUUGGAGGACGGAUUGUUUCGUAACCUUAAAUACUUACAGAAAGUCGAAGUGAGCAAUAAUAGAAUCGUUCGAAUCGGUACAAAAGCCUUCGUAAACUUACCGCAGUUAAAGAUUCUUAGAAUCGACGGUAACAAUCUAAGCCACAUGAAACCCGAAACUUUAAUGGCAUUAAGGAACUUGUCCGGCCUAGACUUACAUAAUAAUCCCUGGCGGUGUGAUUGUAAUUUACAAACGUUUCGGGAUUGGGUGAUAAGUCACAAUUUAUAUACUCCCCCGACUUCAUGUGCGGAACCUGCUGCAAUCCGCUCCAAACUUUGGAACGAAUUAGAUUCGUCAAACUUCGCCUGUCGGCCUACUAUAUUGGAGCCCUUGCCAGAUUCCACGUUCAAAAGUUAUGACGAAAACGUGACUCUGAUUUGUAAAGUUGUCGGUAACCCUACUCCAGAAGUCAUAUGGAAAUUUAAUGGGAGAACUAUUGAGCUGAGGUCGUUUGGAGAAAUCCGGUAUGUAGUCGCCGACAACACGCUAGAUCUAAUAAGAUGGGUGAAUCUAACGAUACUCCACGCUAGGUAUACUGACAGAGGAAAUUACACGUGUGUAGCAGAAAACCCAGGUGGUGCAGAUGAAAAGACAUUGACUUUAGUGUUAUCCAAGUAUAGUGGAGCAGGAACCAUAGCUGGCAUGGAAGCAGACUCCUUUGCUAUAAUGGUUGGGAGUGUCACUGCGAUAAUAAUAAUUUUUGGGGCAGUUAUAACUCUUUGCCACUGUACAUCAAAUAGCAGUGAAAUGAAAAGACUGAUUAAAACAGAUACACGUUCAUCGAAUGGUGAUGUACUUAUAGAAGGCUCUGUUGCAUCUGAGCCUGAGAAACUAGUUAAAAGUGAAAUAGUUUGUAAAGCUAAUAAGAAAUACGAUGCGACAUUGACCAGCCAAGCAACAGAAAUGUCGGAAUUGAACAAGACCCUACUGGAUAGCGAUACUGUUUUAGCUAUAGAAGAAAAUCACCGACACGAGGAACUACCAAUACAUAAGGAGCUGUUAAUAGAUCGAAUAGCGAAGGACCCACAGACAUAUCCACCAGAUCUACUCUCAAUACCUCUUAGAUCAACCGCUCAGAGCUCUUCUUCUGCAUCACAUGACAGACAGAGUCCAAAAUCACCCAACUACGACGUCAUAAGCAUCAGCCCGGCAUUGUACAGCCGAUUACAAGCUGCCAACAUCUUCAUGAGCCCAAAAGGAUACGUUACAUUACCAAGAAGAUUACCAUAUGAGAGUGACUUACGACCUUUCUCCACCCUCAACGGCGUUAUUCCAUAUUAUGAAAACUUUAAUACAAAGAUAUUUGGAGGAACCUACUACAGUUUAAAUAAGAGUGAUAUGGAUAUCGGUCCUGUGAAGAUGAGGUUUGAGGAAGAACCAGCGCCAUCGCCAGCACCUGGAACACCUCAUGCUACGAUACCCAGAAACAGUGUGAGUUCCCCCAACAUCCAUAAUCAGUUACUGGUGUCCCAAAGAGCAGAGAAGACUCUUAAAAUUAAUCUUGAAAAUGAAGUUCUUAAGGAUAGAGUGCGAGCGAACAUAGUUGGUGCUAGUUUAAGAACAAGUGGACAUAGGAAAAGAAAUUCGUGUGACUUAAAUAAUUACUUGGCUGUUGAUAAUGCAACACAAGUGUGAAGUAUGUACUUGUUGGAAGCAUACAAUUAAGAUAUCUAGCAUAAAUCAAAAUGAAAUCUAAUACAAAGAAUAUGUUAUUGUAAACGGAUUUGUUGUCCUGUACAAUCUCUUAAUUAUAAACGUCAUUUCGAUAAAAACAAGGCGACAGAUAAUCCUUUCUGCGCUUUAUAAAGAUUCCCGCGGAUUUGCUGUGGUUUUGGAACUUGGAGCAGAGAAGAAGAAGAGAAGAUGCAGAAUCUAGACUCCCUUAUGUGUAAAUCGCAUUCGAUUUUGAGAUAGAAAAGUUACAUUUCACUCCAAGUCCUUCCGAAUCUUAUCCUAACUUACAAAUGCUUUUCCAACUUGUACAUAUGAUAAUUCUUUACAUAGAAAAUGAUAGAAGCCAGGAAAAAAAGUUUUUGGCUAAAUAUUCUUCAUUAAGAAUCUUAUGGUGUUCGAAUAAAACAUUCCUAUUUUUAACGAUAUAUUAAUACAGAUAUAAUAUUGUUAACAUGUAAAUAUUAAUAUUAGGAAACAUAUAAAUGAAUGGAAUUGUUAAAAUAUUUAAAAAUUAUAUUAGUUAUGUAUCAAUAUCAUUUGUUAUUAUAGAGCGAUUCCUUAGAAUUAUAUAGCUUGUGAUAUUGUUCCCCAAACUUUCUGGUUUAUAACAAAGAUACAAUAAUGGCGCGUUUGCGUUGAUUGUGGUUGAACCGUUAGGUACAAAAUAAAUAUUAUGACUAUUCUGACCAACCAUAUUAAGCUAUACUCGGUAAGAAAUAUUUCAUUAAAUAUUCCAGCUAUCUUAGGACAAAUGAUAAAAAAUAUGGUAAAAACUGUCAGCGCUGUGCGGUCGUAUUUGGGACUAAACGGAAGCAUAAUGAGACAUUGUUUAAAGGCCGGCAACGCACUCGCGAGUCCUCUGGCAUUGAGAGCGUCCAUGGGCGGCGGUAUCACUUAACAUCAGGUGAGCUUCCUGCCCG